CACAUCAUCAAUCACCAAAACAUUAAUCAUCAACACAUCAUCUAUCAUCAACACAUCAUCUAUCAAAAACACAUCAUCUAUCAUCAACACAUCAUCAUCAAUCAUCAACAUGUCAUCAAUCAUCAACACAUCAUCAAUCAUCAACACAUCAUCAAUCAUCAACACCUACACAUCAUCAUUCAUCAACAUGUCAUCAAUCACCAACACAUCAACCACUGACACAUCAUCAAUCAUCAAAAUAUCAUCAAUCAUUGA